AAAAGUAGUAAGGUGGCCUGAGUAGAGCAAGUCGUAGUUGGGUAACAUAUUGUAUUUAUUUAGCAUAUAUCCUUUCUCCUUAACUUAUCCCUCGGCAUAAUGAUAUAAAUAAUAAUCAUUCCCUCAAUGGUGAUAUUUUUUAAUACUUUAAAACUGUACUUUGAAAAUCUUCAACGAUGGAGAACAAUCGUCGUUCACAACCUCUAUGUGCUGUCUAUAGUGGUCUUCACCCCAAAAAAGUUCCUUCAACCAUCAUCAUACCUCGCACCGCCGAAGGCAAUCUAGUUCCCCUUGAUAAUUCCACAGCAGCCCAUCGAACCGCCACCUUGCGUCAAUUAAGCAACUCCCAGCCAUCCGCACGUCGUCAAUACGGCGCAGGCGGUGACCUGUCGCUCAUCAAGAGCACAACCGGGGUCUACUCCCAACCCGUUGUCGUCCGCACUUAUUCGAGCACCAAUACACCCUCAUCCACAAGGGGUCAGGUGUCCGUCCCGGCCACUCCAACGUCCAAUGGGUACUCCUGGCGUCCUAGCCGCGAUGUUAUAACCCCGAACAUAACCCAUAAGGGAAAUGAAAAAUCCCGUGUUGCAGCCGACCUCAAACUUCCUUCUCUUCAAGCUUUUACCUUUAAAGGUAUCAUGGCAGACAUACAGGAGGAUGUAAUUAUGGAUUUGGAUCAAAUCGCCGAAAUCUGUGCAGGUUCUAGAUUCUCUCUAAGCGACCAGUACGAAGUCCAUAUAACGACUCCGACUUCUCGGGUUGGAGCCAAUAGGCCUUCGUCUACACCAUCUUUAGGGUCUCAUACUCCUGCGCAGUCGAUACUGCAGGCGAUGGCGGAUAGCGAUGAAUGCAUAAGUGUGAUGCGAAAGAGGCGCAAGGGUGCUACGCGACAAAGGAAUACUACUGCUGGGACUCUAGAGACAAUUAUAAGUUCGAGCCAAUCCUCUAACAACGGGUCAGUCAAGCGUUCGGUACGAUGAUAGCCCUCGCAUGUUUCGGAGCUAGGGUAUAGAUAUUGUAGUGGUGCGGUGGGACUAGGCUACGUAGCCUUUCCGAUGAGUAUUUAUAUGGGUCUCGCACUCAGAUUCUCAUCGUUUAACCUUAAUCCUAGAGACCUCCUGGUAGACCUCCAUAGCAGGAAUAUUACUCUUUUCAAUAUUCCUCCAAUUGCCAUCAUUCUCUAGUCUUCUUUUCG